AUGCAGCAGAGGAGAGGCCCGAGAUCGGCUGGGGGAGGUCUCCACCGUCACCGUUGACAACGAGCCCUGGGCCACCCAAGAAGAUGCCCGGGGCAAGGCGCUCUUUGUCGGACCGGGUCAAGUCCCCGGGCACAGUGCGGCGUCUGUCCAUCAAGAUGAAGAAGCUACCGGAGCUGAGACGCAAACUGAGCCUAAGGGGUUCUCCACGGGGCGGCCGCCAGGCUGGAGACACAGGGAGGCCUCCAUCCCCUCCCUCAUCCCCAGCCUCAAGUAUCUCACCAUCUGUCUCCAACGUGCUGUGCCGCUACCACCUGGACAGCAGCGUCUCGGCCCGAGGGAGCCUGUGGCCCCGAGCCAAGCUGACACGGAGAGCCAGCACCAAGACCCUGGGCCGGCCUGGUUACCUGAGCGACGGUGACUCCCCUGAGCUGCAGGCUAGGCCUCGGCCUCAGGCCGGGAGUGAGGCCCAAGGUCCCGGGCCACCAGGUACGGACAGCCCAAGGCUGGACCCAGCCGCCUUCCGGCCAUACGAUGGGGGAGGGGGUGGGGGUGAACAGCAGCGAGGCCUACGGCACCUCUCUGGCCUCAUCAAUGUGCGGCUGUAUGGGGUGGAGCUUCCCCGGGCUGGUCCAGCCGAUAUCUGCUGUGCUAUCCAGGUGGACUCGGUUAGCAAGGCCCGCACCGCUGCCCUCAGCUGCCGCCGUGGCCCUUUCCUGGGCCUUGACCACACCUUCAACCUGGAGCUGGAACGUUCCCGCCUCCUCACACUGCUGCUCUUCAGCUGGGACCCAGCCUCAGCCCGGAACCGACUCUGCUGCCAAGGCACUGCUGCACUUCCACCGCUCUUCACAG